UCCGGGUUGCGGCGGGAGCGGCUGGCGGUGUAGGCUCCGGUGCUGUGGGGCGGGCGGUGUUCCCCGUCCUCCCUCCCGAUACCGCUCUGCGUCGCUCCGCCGUUACCCCUGCCUGCUGCGCCUCUCCUGGAGGUGAGCGGGGCCGGGCAGGGUCCUGCUCCUCGGCGGGGGAAUGUGUUAACUUUUUCAGUGUCUGUGGAAUAGCAUUUCCUCUGCAAAGGUUAAAGUUUAUUUUAUCAUACAAGUUCAUCAGUGCCAUAAUGAGGCUGGUAAUUCUUGAAGAUUACGAUCAGGCUAGUGAAUGGGCAGCAAAAUACAUCUGUAAUCGUAUUAUCCAGUUCAAGCCAAGUCAAGGAAGAUAUUUCACGCUUGGUCUACCAACAGGGAGUACACCUCUGGGAUGCUACAAAAAGCUGAUAGAAUAUCACAAGAAAGGAGAUCUGUCUUUCAAAUAUGUAAAGACUUUCAACAUGGAUGAAUAUGUAGGGCUUCCCAGAAACCAUCCAGAGAGCUAUCAUUCCUACAUGUGGAAUAACUUCUUUAAACAUAUUGACAUAGAUCCAAAUAAUGCUCAUAUCCUUGAUGGGAAUGCUCCAGACUUACAGGCGGAAUGUGAUGCAUUUGAAAAGAAAAUUGAAGAAGCAGGGGGGAUUGAUCUGUUUGUUGGAGGCAUUGGUCCAGAUGGCCACAUUGCAUUCAAUGAACCCGGAUCAAGUUUGUCUUCAAGAACAAGAUUAAAGACUUUAGCAAUGGACACCAUUUUGGCAAAUGCUAAAUACUUUGAUGGAGACUUAUCUAAAGUACCAACUAUGGCGCUAACAGUUGGUGUGGGUACAGUGAUGGAUGCUAGAGAAGUGAUGAUUCUUAUAACAGGUGCACAUAAGGCAUUUGCCUUGUACAAAGCAAUUGAAGAAGGAGUCAAUCAUAUGUGGACAGUUUCUGCUUUCCAGCAACACCCUCGUACUAUCUUCGUGUGUGAUGAAGAUGCUACUUUAGAACUAAGAGUUAAAACUGUGAAGUACUUUAAAGGUUUGGAGGGUUUUGCACAAAUACCUGAAGCUAAGUCAUUACCUCUAGAGACAAAAUAAGCUGGGUUCUUGAGUCAGUUACAGGUGGCUGUGUAGUAUGGCUGAAUGUGUCAGUAAGUGAAUAAGGAAAUAGUAACAUCUGUGAUUUAUAUCAAGUAAUCACACACUGAUUAGAAAUAGAUGCUGUAUAAAAUGCCUUUUGCUGUGGUUUCAUAUUAUAAUGGCCUCAGAUUGUAGUUACUCAAAUUUUAUGUUGCUGGAGUGAUACUAAGUUUGCUACCAGAUGCAUCAUGUAGCAAAAGGUAUUUGAAUAGUCAUCACCAUAAAUAAUCAUGAAAAUGUGCACUACUGUCAGACUUCUAUAGUUUUUAAGAAAAUUUCUCUUUUAAUGUUGCAUAUUACUUCCAUUUGUAACUUUGUAAGUUAAUCUUUAGUUUGGUGCUAAAAUGGACUUUCACUUUGCAGAUUGUGAACACUGAUCAGUUACUGUUACUAGUCCUUCAGGUGAAAUGAGGUUACAAAUAUACCAGAGACCGAAUGUCAGACAUACCUAGAUGUAGGUAACUUUUUUACUAAAUUGUAAGAAAGUAAAGAAAGAAGCAUUUUUUUUUUUUAUUGCCCUUCUCUUCAUCAUUUUCCAAAAAUAAGUCUCUAAAUAGAAGAAAAAAAACCUCCUCUAAUCACAACCAUGACUGGUAUAUGACCAAAACCAGCCCAGCUAAAAUAGAAAAUAGUUGAGCUGAUGUUCUGACUCUUCAUUAACAGUCUGGAUACUUUCAGUUUGGUUUUGCUUGUCUAGGACCACAAGUAUGCUGUUAAUUACAAAGACAGUAAUGGUGCAAUGCUAGAACACUGCAAUUCAAGCUGUAAAAGUAUUAGUAUAUGUACAUUUGAAUUUUAUGCCAAAUGUGGUAUGAGGGAACUUUAUAUUGCUGUUAUGCAGUCUUUAACACGAAAGAUGGGUGGAUCUCAUGUAUUCAAUUCAUUUGGAAGUAUUCCAGAUCUACUUUUUGAUGGUCUGUUAUCAGAGAACUCUCUCAUACCUGCUCUCUUUAUAGUGAAGUUUUCAUUAGUAUUCAAGUGAUACAGGAAUAUAUAUGCUGUCUUUAACUUUCGAUUUUAAACUACUUUAGCUGUUGUUAGUCUCUCCAGUGAGCUAUUUAAAAUGUGUACUUUGAAGCAAAAUCCUAAUAAAAAUGUGGAUAGAAGGACACAUUGAAAAAGUAUAACUAAUGUAAAGCUGGCAUUGUUGCUUUCCCCCCAAGGUUUAAUGCAUGUGCACAAUAAGCUUGUGGACCCACUGUACAGUAUGAAAGAAAACUGAAAGAAGAGUUGAAGAGGAACUCCAUGUGGGUCAACAGCAGCAGUUUUAGGUAGCAGAUGAGUUCACUGCUAUGCAAUAUGCUGAAAACUGUUUAAAAUGGGGAAUCCUAGGUACUGUAUUUUUUAAAAGGUCCAAUAUCUGUACAUUUACAUUCCAUCUGUUUGCUGCAUUGUGCAUUUUGCUUUAACAUUUGGAGCUCUGUUGUUGGCUGGUACAUAACUAAAUGGAAGAGAACAAACCUGUGGGAGACUGCAUGUUAUGUAAGGGGGAGAAAAGCAGAGCACUUUUCUAGCACAGCAAUGUAAUGCAUCUGCCUUGUGUUAGAUGAUAUUCUGUUUCCAAGCAUUUGUAAUUUUUGGCUUGAUUAGUGUAACUACAUUUUGCAUUUGUGUCUUUAGGCAGAAUGUUUUUGGCCUUUAUGGACUUGUAAUAGUUGUACAAUUUCUACUAUGAAAUGUUCUGUUUACAUAUAUCUAAUGUACACUGAGCUUUUGCACUUGGUUGCCUUAAGUAUCUUAAACAGUUUUGGGGCAUCUCAAGUCCUGUUGUACAAUUCAGGCAAAUAAAAAUACAAAAACAGUGCCUAAAACUGCACCAAAUUCUUUAAAAUUAUAACUUACUCCACAGAUAAAAAUAUUAAAAACUUCUGCCAUAGCACUUUUUCCUCUCAUGUAUUUUAAAUUACUUUAGCAUUUUUAUAUUUUUGGUACUUGAGCUUUAUACAUGAAGAAAUGUUCCUUUCUGGAGGUACCUGUUUAAUUGUACCAUGGAUGUUACUAUUAAAUGCCUGAAAAGAGGUUAAUUUACAGGAAUAUAAUGUCUGCAAGUUCAAUACCUGAUCAUUUGAAGUCAACUGUUGAUCACUUUGCAAUAGUUACCUCUCAUUGUAUCAUUAUAAACAUUGAGCUCUUACAAGGAAUGUCAUUUCCUACUUUUGAAUGUAAGUAAAACUUAAAUAUAAAUCUUUAAUUUCAAAA